AUGGGAACCCCAGCUCCCCGAGGCUCCCUCCUGCUGCUCCUGGUUGCCCUGGCCCCAACUCUGACCCAAACCCGCUCACACUCACUACAGUAUUUGGACAUUGUUGUGUCCCGGCCUGGCCUCCGGGAGCCCCAGUACAUCUUUGUUGGCUACGUGGACGACAUACAGUUUGUGCACUUCGAUGGUGAUGCUCAAAGUCAGAGAAUGGAGCCACGGGUUCCAUGGAUGGAGCAGAUAUCGCCAAAGCGUUGGGAGCAAGAGACACUGGGAGUCAACAAACAUAAAGCCGGAGAGCUCCUACAGGUGGCAAUCCACGAACACAAUCAGAGCCAGGACGUUUCUCAUACUUUACAGUGCUUGACUGGCUGCGCCAUCGGGCCGGACCGGCGCUUCCUCCGAGGGUACAGUCGGCACGCCUAUGAUGGCCAGGAUUAUGUAGCCCUGAACGAGGACCUGAAAACGUGGAGGGUGGCUGACUCAGAGCCUCAGAUAACCCUGCAAAAGUGGAAGAAUUCUAUUCCGGCGGAGUUCCUUGGGGCUUAUCUUGAGGUGGAGUGCGUGCAGACCCUCCUCAGACAACUGAAGAUGGGCAAGGAUAUACUGUUGCGCACAGAUCCCCCAAAGGCACAUGUGACCCAUCACCCCAGACAUGAAGAGGAUGCCACCCUGAGGUGCUGGGCUCUGGGCUUCUACCCUUCGGAGAUCACCCUGACCUGGCAGAGAGAUGGGGAGGACCUGAAUCAGGACAUGGAGCUGGUGGAGACCAGACCUUCAGGGGAUGGAACUUUCCAGAAGUGGGCAGCUGUGGUGGUGCCUUCCGGGGAGGAGCAGAGAUACACAUGUCAUGUGGUCCAUGAGGGACUGCCCAAGCCUCUCACUCUGAAAUGGGAGACACCUCAGCCCACCACCCCCAUCUUGGGAAUCACUGCAGGUCUGAUUCUCCUUGGGGUUGUGGUUACUGGAACCGUGGCUGCCAUUGUGAUGAGGAAGAAGAGCAGAGGUAGGGAAGGGGUUGUUUUCUGA